UGGAACUAUGCUAAUCAUUUCCACUGGGAUAAUUUGGAGGCCAUUUUAUUAGCUACUGUAGGCUAGAGACAACACUGUUGACUGUUAAGUCGUCUUUCUAUAGAUCUAUUUCAGUAUCUAUUGAUUCAUUUAUAACUUGUCAAGAUGAAGGACCGCCUGGCGCAGCUGAAGGAGAAGAGUGAUCCUGGAGGCGAUGACAUCGAGGUUCCAAUGGAGAACCAGGCUUUUAUGGAUGAUUUCUUUGCUCAGAUUGAAGAUAUCCGCAUCAGCAUUGACAAGAUUGAUGAGAGCGUCACAGAAAUCAAAAAACUCUACUCCACCAUCUUGUCGGCCCCCACGUCUGACCAGAAAACACAAGAUGACCUCGAAGCUCUCACCAAUGAGAUCAAGAAGUCGGCCAACAACGCGAGGAACAAACUUAAGACUAUCGAGCGCCAGCUUGAGUCGAACACAGACGAGAGAGCCUCGGCCGACCUCAGGAUACGCAAGUCACAGCAUGCAAUCCUGGCCAAGAAGUUCGUAGAGGUGAUGACGAAAUAUAAUGAGGCUCAGGUCGACUUCAGAGAUAAGAGCAAAGGACGAAUUGCCCGACAGCUGGAGAUCACUGGGAAAGCAACAACUGAUGAGCAACUGGAGGAGAUGCUGGAGGGAGGUAACUCAGCCGUCUUCACUGCUGGGAUCUUGGACUCAAAGAUCAACCAGCAGGCCCUGAAUGAGAUCGAAGCUCGUCACAAAGACAUCAUGAGGCUGGAGAGCAGCAUCAAAGAGCUUCACGACAUGUUUGUUGAUAUCGCCAUGCUGGUUGAGAACCAGGGUGGCAUGAUUGACAGAAUUGAGAGCAACAUGGACCAAUCAGUGGGCUUUGUAGAGAGAGCAGUGGCCGACACCAAAAAAGCCGCCAAAUUCCAGCAGGAAGCACGCAGGAAACAAAUGAUGAUCUUCUGCUGCUGUGUGAUUUUGACCCUCAUCCUCGGCUCAUUUCUCUACAGCUUCAUUAGAUAGAAGACCUGAAUGAGGCCACACACCAGUGGAAGUGCUGUCUGAUGGUCACAAAAUAGAGCCUGCACUCAGUUUACCGUCAUUUCAACUCAUUCAAAUAGAAACAGAGGCUGCAGAUGUUUGCAUGACAACUUCCUCAGGACGAUCUAUAUUUGAAUUCUGGUUUUGAUUCUGGUAGCUAGCCAUCCAAGCAGGAUGUUUUAUUUACAUUUUAUUUACAUUUUUUUCCCCUGUACAUAUUAAAAUGUAGAUUUUAAUAUGUCACAUCUCAGGGAUAGAGUUCUUCUUCACAGAGGUGUCGAACCUGAAAAAACAUCCUAAAGGUCUGGUGUGUCAGAUUUAGGUGGCUCUGUUGGAAUAUAGUAAUCAUGACGCAUUAGUGUAUAAUCACCUGGAAACUGAAACCAAACAUGUGACCUCAGACUGACACCACACUGCCCAUCAUCAUGAUGCAUAUCUAUGAAGUCAGUAUCCUAAGUAUUGAGACAGCUGUUACUCUUUUGUACGUGUGUCUGUUCUUUGUGUUUGGAUGUGGAAACCACUGUGCCAAUACUUAUGCUAUCGACUGCAUCGAAUGAUAAGAUUCACAUCAUGUUGUGGAUAUUCAAAUCAUUUUUUCAGAAGGAAGAAAGUCACUUUCCUUAACAGGAUAUUGGAGUUUUGAAGAUUGGUAGUAGAAGCUGACCUGAGAAUAGAAGUCACUUCUGAACGUGUUAGAUUAAAAAUGGGACUAAACACAGCCCUGCUUCAUUUGAUGACACUGACACUGCCUUGGGGCUGUUUCACUGCUUUAGCUCUUUGUUGUUUGUGUGUUUAUUACAAAGAUUGCUUUCAUUUUUAAUAUGUGUGUGUGUGUGUGUGUGUGUGUGUGUGUGUGUGUGUGUGUCCCCUUUUUUUUUAAGGACCUCCACUGGAUUAUCAAAGAGGCUGUUCUCAUUUCAUGCCAUAGUUUGACUCUGGUUUGGCCUUUGACAUUUCCAUCCUGCCUCUUUACUUGUGAUCCGCAGACACUGACUCUGCACUGCAGCACAACAUUUAGAUAUAAUUUUUUUCCAAUGCUAGCUUGACACUAAAAUCAGCCACUGGUUUCUGCACGGAUCAGAACUCUACCUCGUAAACUCCCUCUGACAUCCAAACUUUAAAACAAGACUAAAAAUAACUGAUACCAGACUCUUCUUUUACUACGUAUGCUCCUAAUACUAAAAUUGUUAAAUUGUAUGUCUUAACAGGAUAAAUGGAUGAAAACAUGUCCCAACAAUAUGAUAAUGUAUACAGAAGCCCUAAGCAGUCAUGCAGUCAUACAUUUUAUUUCCUCUGUUUUCCCAUGAUAACGAGUUAAAGGUCCCCACAUCACCCUCACCUUCUUAGUGUAAAGGAGAAACAACACUUCUGUCCAGAGUCAGUAUUUAGUUUGUCUGUUCUGGGCUACUGUAGAAACACAGUGCUUCAACAUGAAGGCCUCCACUGUAGAUAUAUAAGGAUCAUUUUUAAGCAACAAAAACAGAAAGAUUCUUAUUUUCAGGUGAUUAUAGAUGCAUGAAAACAUAGUUAUGAAUAUUAUAUUCCAUGUCUCCCUUAUAAAUUCCAUCAGUUAGCACAGCAUGACAUCACAUGUGAUGAAACUCUCAGGCCUAUCAUAUUUGAUUUGUUGUCUCGAGAAAACUACCCCGAACAACACUUGUUAUUUUGACAUAAUGACAUUAAAAACUGGAGAUCUGGAGAAAGCAAAUGAAAUGAAUGAACGUAUGAGCGCUUAGAACCUCCAUAAACGUAACUUCUGGGUGACUGACUGACUUUCCACUUCUACUUGUUCAACUUUUUCCCCCCUCACUUUGUGAACGUAUGUAAACAACAACAACAUAACGACCUUAUUAAUUAAACAGUAUAAUUAAAAAAAAAGGAAUGUCUGGGUCUGGAUUCUGUGGAUUCAAAGGGGCAGGUUGUAAAUGAUGUAAGACUAAUGGCCAACCGUGGUUCAAUCAGCACUCUCUUCAUAUUUCUUAUUAAUAGCUUGUGUGACACGGCGGUAACAUGUAGUGUGAUUUGUUGUGUGUUUAUCUCAGGGUUGUCACUGUGUAUGGACGUCAUUCUCUUAUAGAAAUGACGCGUUUUUGUAGUUUUGUCCUCCUGUUUACGCAAAUAAAAUCAGUGUUAUUUAUUAUUACGCCUGUGUGUGGUUAUAUUUACGUCCUCUUUCAUUCGGAGAGCGCGUCACAGUUUGGCAUGUUCCUCUCGCUCGCCG